AUGCCUCUUAUAAGCCAUUCCAAAAGCUUGUAUAGUAGUGUAACUAGAUUGGAUCUGGCUAAGUUCUUCUUAAGAGGUCUCUCUGUGUCUUCAAAGGAAACGAAAAGUGCAAGUUUAAAAAAUGGUCAGAAUACCAAAGAUGAAGAGACCAAAGCUAGAGAAACGCAGCAAGCUUUGGCCCUGUCUUUGAAGGAUUUUGGUUCGUUGUUGUCUACAACCACAGAUGAAGCUACUCAGCCCAUUGAGAGUGGACCUAUAUUCAAAGAUCCAACUAAAUUCGCUAAUUUGAGUUUGUUACACCAAGGUCAAGUAUUGAAAGAAUUACAAAAUGAAUAUGAUAAGAAUUGGAAUAAAAUGGACAAUGCUUCCAAAAAGCUAGGUUAUUAUAUCGCGUAUGGUAAUUGGGGAGUUCGUGAAGAUUUUGAUAACUGGAAGUCAAGCGAUGCUCCAUAUGAUUUGCCGUUCAAGGUUCCCUCUGUGUUGAAGACUGUUAGACCACUUCCAAAUACAAUCAUUGAAAUUAUCAAGCCUCCAGUGAACUUGGCUGAGACUCCGAUUCGUAAAGAACAGUUCAAUAUGAAAGCUGUAGAUGGCGUUACCAAGUUUUUUAUUUAUCUUACCAUUUUUAUUUCUAUGUUGGCAAUUUACCGAGACAAAGCGAUUGGAGAGGAAGGAAAACCUACCGAAAUCACGAUAGAAGACCCACAUGAAAAGGAAAGAAUAAGGAGAAUACAGAACGAGCUGAUAGCUAGUCUGGAAUUCAAUGACCUGACUCCGAACAGUCGAAGAUGGUACUACUUAUGGCUUAAGUAA